UCGUCCCUAACAAUUAAUAGCCUCUCCAUACUUUCCACACGGUUUCGCAAGCAAACGAUACAGUGGUCAGAGGGUCCCUGCUUGCGGACAAGCAAAGCUCUCUUCCAUCCUUGGAGCAGAGUUGCUUGUGCUGCAGGAAGGAUCGAUGGCCGAUCCGGUGGCCACCGUGGAGAGGAUCGUCAAGAUCGGGCUCAAGAUCAAGGAGGCCGUGGACUGGGUUCGCCACAACGAGGAGGAUUGCCGCGAGAUCACGAGGCGCGUGCUGAGGUUCAGCACCAUCCUGUCGCAGCUGCAGCAGACGGGGACGGUGGCCGACAGCCCGGCCAUGGCCGGCGCGCUGGAGGACCUGGAGGAGACCCUGCAGCGUGCCCUCGAGCUGGUCACGGCCUGCCAGGAGAGGGCCACGACCACCAUCUGGCGCGUCUUCGCGGCUGGGGACCUGUCGAAGCAGCUGCGCCGGGUACAAGAAGACAUCUUGAACAAAGUGAUGCUGGCAUCCUUCGCCAUCAACGCCCACACCACCAUCUUGUUGCUUACUAUUCAGGCUGGUGGUCAUCCUCCGCCGCGGCAACACCAAGCGGAUGCAGGACUGACGGAUAUAUCGAAUAACAUUCAUUCAACUGAAGAUGCAAGGUCUGAUUUGAAUAGUGAGGAAAACAUUGUGCUAACAGGAAAUGAUCCCCCCUUUGCUCCUUUAGUAGCCCUAAAAAACUUCUGUUUAUCUGAGUUAAAGGAUGCUAUAAAUGGCGGAAACAUCAUCGGAGAAGGUGGCUCAUGUAAGGUCUACAAGGGUGUGUUAAUGGAUGGGAAUGUGGUUGCUAUCAAGAUAUUUAAAAGACCACACAAAUUAUCAGGCUGGUGGUGUACGUAUGAUCAAAAACUUCUCCUAGCUUCAAAGCUUCAACACCAAAACAUAGUGAAAGUUCUAGGAUACGGCCAUGAACUUGGAUCAUCUUCUGUGAUAAUGUGGCUGUUGAAACACAAAAUUCAUCCAGCUAAAGAAAGAGUCUUUUUUUGGGUCGAAGAAUACGUGCCAAAUGGAACCUUGUACACAAAAAUCCAUGUGGGUGCUUUUGUUACAAUUUUUGCAGAGUCCCUGCUUGAUUGGCCUUCCGUCUCCCGGAUACUUAAGCAGGUAGCCCAGGGCAUACAUUACCUACAUGAACAGUGUGUUGUCCAUAAAGAUCUGAAACCAAGCAACAUCCUCUUGGAUUCUGAUAUGAAUCCUAAGAUUAUUGAUUUUGAGUUCUCUAUGGUGUUGAAUGAUGAGAUCACUGAGAGUCUCAUAGCAGGCACAGUUGCAUAUAUGGCUCCCGAAUACACUAUGCGUGGUAUUGUAUCAAUGAAGAAUGAUAUAUUUGCUUUUGGUGCCAUCCUCCUGGAGACUGUUAGCCGCAGCAUGUGCAGAUCUAAACCUCGAGGCGACUGCGGCUUGCUCCAUGUAUAUAAAUGGGCUUGGGAGGCUUGGGAAGCAGGACUAACAGAGGAGUUGUUUGAUCCGUCAUUGAUUGACGGGUCUCCGGGAAUGGAGAUUAGAAGGUGGGUGCAGGUAGGACUGCUGUGCAUUCAGCAUCACAGGGAAGACCGGCCUUCCAUUGCGGAUGUUCUUGAGAUGCUAAACGGCAAGGAAGAGUUGCCGACCCCAAAGAAACCAGCGUAUAUGAAAUCAGACGAACGAAGGGAAAUCAGAUGAGGAGGGAUCUGCCUAUUCAGACGGGUCGUUGAGCCUCGUGUGUGCUAGCUUGUACUCCUACACCAUUGCUUUAGGCAUUGCCAGUUUGCCACAAUGUGUCUCAUCAUUCGAGGAAGUGUUGAUCAACAAAUUCCAGUCAUUCUUUAGGCAAUUUUAACUGCUCAUCCGUGUACAUUUGUUCUGCCAAUAUUUUCAUUUGUUUGUGCAAAACAAAUAUGUGCA